UUACGGUAACGUGAUACUGUGCUCUUGCAGGGGACAGUUCGGUACUCACUUCCGCCUCUUUUUCUGCUGAAGUAUAGAUUUUGUUGAUGAAAAAACGAUUUCAAACAGUUCUCACCGAUUUUGAUUAACGCUGGCUUCCUUGCCGUCUUGCCUAAUCUAUGGAGCAAAACAACGGCAACGGCCAAGGGUGGUCAAUAAUACAGCGGCGUGUGGAGGGGUUGGUUAAUAAACACAUGGCAGACAUUGCAUUAGAAACACUCCAACAGAGGCUCUCUUUGGUGUCUGAAGAAAUUAACCAUUUGCCAAAUGAGCUGACAAGGCGAGACGAUGUCCUGAAACGGGCGGAGAAUGUCCCGCGACGUUCGGACCUAAAUUUCAACGUGGAAUCACUGUCUGAUGCGCAUAGCAGCACAGGGGGCGCAGGAGAAAAGUUGGUGUCAACCACCUCCUCGUCAGAAACAGCAGCCCAAAGAAAAAUCAUUACACUUUUAGUGGAGAUCAAGGAAGAGCAACAAAGACAAUGGGCAGUGUUGAAGGAACUGCAAGCCAAAGUGCAAGGUCAAGUGUGUGAGGAAGAAGAGGUGGAGUCUCUAGAUAUAGACCUGCCACUACAGACAAUGGAACAGCUGGAUGAGACAGAAAGACAUUUGGAAGAUGCUGCCGCUCAAAAGAGAAUGGUGGCUCACCUGUCACGGAUGGGUGGAGCCACAGUGGAUGACGCAGUGCGGAGGCUGAUGCAGGCUGUGCUGUCUUUCGCUGUGGGCUCCGAACUCAACUGGGUUGGAAGGGGACAGAAGCGGAGUUUCAGAAGCACCAGACUACAGGGCGUGCUCUUCCGUGCUUUGAAGAGAACCCCUGUGGGAAGGGAGGCCACGCAUCACCAGUUUGCCGACGUCGUGAAGAAGUGGCUGAGGUUUGCACCGUUCCGGCAAGGUGGCACAGGCCGGAGACACAUAAACAAGCCUCAAGCAGAAUACAUGUGUCCCAAGUUUCAUGCUGACACAGAGGGCGACAGUCACAGUCAUGUCAGCCCAGAGCCAAACGACAAAUAAACAAACCUCAAGCAGAAUACAUGCGUCUCAAGUUUCCUACACAGACCCCAGAGCCAAAAGACUUGAAGAUAUUUUAAGUUUUGGAAUAAUUUAUCAAUCUGUGUGGUGCUUUCCAACCUGAAUAUAACCGAAGUAGAGGGAACCAUGUAUGAUUACUAUUGAAUAGCACUUCCUGUUGUCAUCUGUCUCCACUUCCUGUCGUCAUCUGCCUCUACCAGUCGUACGCAUCAUAUUCCACUGUGAUCAGAAUGAUCAGAGUGAGCGAGAACACAAAAGAUAAUUUACUUUGUACGUACACCUUGCAUUAUAUUUAAUGUACACAACAUAAACUGUUUGUACGUAUAUGUGUCUACCGGAAAGACACACUAUGGAUUAAAAUUUCUCAGAUACUAAAAGAAAGUG